UUAGACAUCCGACCCCAGCAAGCCCUGGGACAACUCCAGCGAUAUUCUCCAGGGAAUCAUGGGCACACGGGCAAUGCCCCCUUCUUCGCAGCUUGACCUCUCAUCGGACGGGCUGUCGCCAUCCGAUCUCACCCUGGGCGACCCAGCAUCCUUCCUGGGCUUCCAGUUUGCGUCCGAUCAAGCCAUCCCCCAUCCCACCCAUCCAUCCAUUCUCCAUCCAUGGCCACUGUACCACAAAUCAUCAUCCUCACCGCUUCCUCAACUCUUUGAUCCGUCCACCUACCCUCCUCUGGCGCGAUGGAGGCAUGAGCAAGACGCUUGGAACCCCCUGCAAUCGUCGACGCCAAUCCAUCCCGCUGCAUUCGUCGUCCCGCGGUCUCACCAAGUAUACGGCCUCGAUCGCCGGUCAUCGAGCGGCCAUCAUAGUACGCCCUCGGAGGCUGGCAGCCAGUAUACCGGUCUUCAUCUAUCCGAUUCGGGAUAUAGCACACAGGGCUGCACCACGCGCUCCGUGGCUGCAUCGUAUGCACUCGAGUCGGCCUGCAGCCCAUUCCUUGCGCCCCUUGAGCAUGAGCAGGAUGAUCGAGUAUCCGCAUUAGACCUCAAUUCGGUACCGUAUGCUGACGGCAUUGACCCUUUGGACCGGAUGGACUCGCCGUCCCUGUUGUGCCAAGACGUGAUCAAAUGCGAUUAUCCCGGGUGCCAAUGGACCGGAAAGUGUCCUUCUGACAAGAGAAAACACGAAGCGAGACACAAAAAGUUGUUCAAAUGUGAUGAGCCGAACUGCGCCCGCAAGGAAGGGUUUGGUACCAUCAACGACCUCGCACGCCAUAAAAAAUGCGUUCAUAAGCAGGAUCCGGAGCGCGGACCGAAAGUCCUCUACAUGUGCUUUGGGCAAAACUGCCCGCGGAGGAACAAGAAAUGGCCCCGGUUGGAUAAUUUUCGCCAGCACCUGGCUCGGAUGCACAACGAUGAAGAUGUGGAGGAGCUGCUUAGGAAAUCACAUGAGUGGUAUGAAACGUGCGUGAAACCGCAAGAGCUGGGACCCUCCUUCAUCGAUUCUCUGUCGGACGAAGCACCGACCCUACAAGCUGAGCCAGCCGCCCAGCCUAGAGGGAUCAUGAGAGAUCUUGGUGAAGACGCUUCCCCCUCGUGUCAGAUGGUGUUCCCAUCUUCGGAGACUCCCACACCAGACACUGUCAUGAGACUGAACGACGAGUACAAGGAUUCCAAUUUCAACCAUGCAUCGGUGCAACCGCCGCUUGCAAAGCCACACCCCAGCGAGUUGCCUGCCCUGAGGGCCCUCAAUCUGGACUCUUCGUUGGACCAGAAGGCUCCUAUUCCCGCUCAACCGGACACCGCUAGGACCGGGAAGAUGGACGACAUGGUGAAUGAAGCGGCGCUCAACAUGAUCAAUGCCAUGACAAAGGCCAUGAACACCAAUGAACGAAGACGGAGCCAGCAGUCGGAUGUUGGGGAGGAGAUGGUGGAUCAGAAUGGGGAGCUGUCGGAUCGAAAGCGCGAUAUGCUGCAGAGGAUCUUGUCUGCAGCUCUGGAUCGGCUUUCCGGACAGCCUGGCUCCAACCAUGCUGCCUCUCAAGACACGCUAGAUGACGACAGUGAAAAGAAGGGCUGGAUUCAAUGCGAGUUCUGCACGAAGCGGACGCGUUUGCGAUGCGAGAUGAAGAAGCAUAAGAAGCGCCACGAACGGCCGUAUGGGUGCACUUUUGCGAAGUGUACCAAGACAUUUGGCAGCAAGGCCGACUGGAAACGACACGAGAACUCCCAGCAUUUCCACGCGCAGUGCUGGCGUUGCACCUUGUCGGAUGCCACGCAAGAGGAUCUCCCGUGUGCCCGAUUAUUCUAUCGCCAGGAGAUAUACGUCCAACACUUAAAGAAACACCAUGACGUCGACGAAGAUGAGCAGGUGCGGGCGGCCCUAUGCAAGAAUCGUAUCAACCGCGACGGUGACCCGCGCCCCUCGCACUACUGGUGCGGCUUUUGUCGGGUUCUUCUGCCCCUGAAAACCCAGGGAGUCGGCGCCUGGAAUGAACGCUACAAUCACAUCGAUGUUGAGCACUUCAAGAAGGGCGAGCGCGUUGAAGAUUGGCUCCUCCCGUCGGGGCAUCUGACCAAAAGUCAGGAGCGAGAAGAAAUGAAAAAACAAAGGACCGAUGGCAGUGGAUACGAGAGUGAGCCUGCCAUGGACGAGAACAGCGAUGAUGAGUCGGUGAGCAGCGACUAUGCUGUCGACCAUGAACCACUGCAUGACGACAUGAUGGUGAUAGACAAGGAACCUACGCCCGAUCUAUCGUCGGGACUGGGCGACGACCCGCUUCCACCUAAUCGAUCCAUGACUUAUCCUUUCCCAGGCGCAUCGAAUCUGCGAAAGCGGAAAUUCCCAUCUCUGCAGUCAACCUCUGGCUCUUACCGAUGUGGCGAGCCGGGAAUCCCCAGUCUGGAAAAAAGAUCGAGAGUCGAUUCGGAUCAUCUGCCCGGGAAAUCGAUGGGGACGUUCUACCCCGUCGCUGACAGCAUGUUGUCGGAGCCGAGUCGACUGUCUCACGAGCCAGACUCGGCUUUCUGCGUGAGUCUAGCCCUGGACCAAUUGCAUCCAAAUGCAGGCGACUGACUUGGAUCCAGUGUCAAUGUAGGCAAGGCCCAUUCGCAUUAGCGUAUACCAAUCAAUGUCCGUCUUGCCAUCAUGGCUUGUGUGAUGGGUGUGAGGACCGAAAUCCAUCUACCAGCGGGGCAUACAUGGU